AUGGCGAACGUGUUACGGUUCACUACACACUACGUCGCUGAGCAGAUCGAGCCAGAGUAUGCUGCCGCAUUGUAUAAGGCUGACAGCUACAAGUACGAGGUGGACUCUGAUGAUACCGAUAUCGUUUUGGUGUUUGGAGCUAACAGAUCGCGUCGAGUUCGUUUGUCUGAUUGGAGAUGCAACUUCGCUUCACCCACGCAACUCCAUGCUGUCACGCAAUCGCAUAUCGAAAGCACGUCGGCGUCGCUGGUCCACGUAUACUAUGGGGCUGUAGUGAGGAAAGAUGGACAAGCCCACUAA